AUGCUCGUCGUCGGCCCAAAUUCAACUUGUGAUGUCUGCCUCGAGUGUUAUACCAACGGUGUGAACAUCCCCCACGCUAUCAACUGCGGCCACGUCUUUUGCCAGAAAUGCCUCGAGCAUCUCGUGCAAAACAAAUGCCCUCUUUGUCGCAUGCGCUUCGACCCCAAAGAGGUUAGACGGCUCCAUGUAGACCGUGAUCCAAAUGUAAAGGCGAUCGUCGACGACGACGAACCAGCACAGUCCUCCCCCUCUUCGGUUCCGGUUGCCGAUGGAGAAGCGCAGCGUCUCUUGAACGAGAUCGCACGCAUAGUCAAGGAAGGUGCCAAGGUCAACGAGAUACGUCGAGUGAUCGAUGAAAGCAGAACAUACUACAAGUCCCAGGGUGAUCAGUAUACUCCUGUGCGGGUCAGUUGCUUGCUUCUGCAUAACCUGGCGGAAUCCCAGCGCAAGCUUUCCCUUCAGGCAGAGGAACUGAAGGGUCUUCGUGCGGAGCUCGACGGUAUUCGCGAGCACUUAACGGAAGAGCUCGAGACUGUCAGGCGUGACUAUGAACAGCUGCAGCGGACAAGCCAGAAGGAGAAGGAAACUCUCUUGGCAAAGGAGAAGUGCCUCAGGGAUCAUUACGAUGAGAUGAAUCAGUCUUGGUUAUGUUUCUUCGAGGUAUUGUCUCUUGAACAAGAGCGCGAUUCACUCAAGCAAACUCUCGCGCGUUUCCAAUCAUCGUAUUCCGAGUCCCAACGCUCGGCAUACUUUUAUGCGAGUGAAGGGAAACGCUCUCCCUCUGGUAGUGAAGAUCCGUCGAUGCUCAAGAAGCGUAGUAUGAUGAAGGAGAAAUUCAUAGAUGGUGACGAGAUGGAUUUCCAUCUGUCACCUCUCGCUGAGAUUGCCGCACCCCUGGCUUCGACUUUUCCAGGUUUCUCUGCCCUUGCAGACGAAUCUGAUGACGAAGACAUAAAGAAGAUGAAGAAAAAGAAACUUCUCGGCACCUUGGAAGAGGACGAGUCCUGUCCCGAGAGUACGCUGGCUGACCUCAUACGCCAACCUCUUACAUCAGAACCAAUCCCCAUUCCUUCCCGAGAAUGCCUCUCACAUCAACCGUCGAAUUCCGUCGCCAUGUCUGUUACUGCCGACUGGGUUUCCGGCUUUCCGAGUUCUAGAGCAGAUGACGUUGUCAUGGGUGGCAGUCGUCCAUCUUCCCCAUGCCGGCGGAGUUCAUCGGAUCGCCAUGUGCCGUCGUCGUCCCAGGCGCCUCGUACUAGUAUGAAGACAUCCCACACCUGGCAAAUCGUAUCAAGCGGCGUCUCCAAGUUGCACGAUUUAUUGGACAGUCCUCGCCCGCCACCAUCUCUUUCUCAAUCUGCUGCUACUACGAGUUCUCGGCCCGAUAUUCCUCGCUCGUCUACUGCUCGUCCUCCCAUACUUGCGCAGCCUAGUGCUUCCCGGCCAUUGGUCCCGGUGCGUCCUUCCUCAGCAUCGGUACACCCAGGAUCUUCCUCUUCGGUUGUAUUCGUCGAGGAUUCAUACUUUGCACCGUCCGAACGACGACCGCUGGUCAGCGCGAGCGAAGCAGCCAUGCAACUGGAGCGGGAGCGGCAACAGGAGAAGGAACGCCGUCGUCAACUGGAAUCUUCUUCGGCCGCUCAGAAUUCGCUCAGGGACACCACCAACGCACCCAUUGCUUCUUCUCACUAUCACCAACCCCACAGGUACAAGUAUGGUAAUGACCGGAUGAAACCCAUGCAACCCUUACCCAGUGCAGCGUGCGUUUGA